CGAGAUUCCAGUCUCGUUGUGUGUUUGUUUACAAUUUUGACAUCCUCAAAUUGAGCACAGAAGCCCUUUUUAAUGGGCGUGGCUGCUGCUCCCACACGACCAAUCAUCAACCGCAGACGUCACCAAUUCAUAUUUGAUGACCAAUGGGACUGACGGAGGCCACCACAAGACCCGCCCAUAAGAGCUACAUGACUGUUUCCGCCUUCUCCGCCGACUGGAUAACGCUUUGGGUAAUAACAUGAAUAUUUUCACCCUUUCUGAGGUUUUCACGUCGAAUGAGAGAUGAUAUAUACGUUGAACGCAGUGAGUCCAGUCUAGUGGAAGAAGGAUGGAGACUUUGAUUCCCACCAUCAACCGUCUGCAGGAGGUUUUCCUCACAGUGGGCGCUGACGUCAUUCAACUUCCUCAAAUUGUAGUGGUUGGAUCUCAGAGCAGCGGCAAGAGCUCCGUGUUGGAGAGUCUGGUGGGACGUGAUUUCUUGCCUCGAGGAUCAGGGAUAGUUACCAGAAGACCUCUGGUGUUGCAGCUGGUCAACGUGGCCCCGCUGGAGGAGCGACUGAAGACUGACAAUGGAAAAGAUGUUAAACACACGGGCCAACACAGCUAUUCAGGUGUCAAAGCUGAAGAAUGGGGCACAUUCCUGCACUGCAAGAGUCAGAUUUUCACUGAUUUUGGGGAAAUUCGUUGUGAAAUAGAAGCAGAGACGGAAAGGAUUUCAGGCAAUAACAAGGGGAUUGCUCCCGAGCCGAUAUAUUUGAAGAUUUUUUCCCCAAAAGUUCUUAAUCUCACCCUGGUUGAUCUACCUGGGAUCACAAAGGUGCCUGUUGGAGAUCAGCCCGAGGACAUUGAGUCGCAAGUGCAGGAGAUGAUCUUGUCCUUCAUCUCCAAUCCCAACUCCCUCAUCCUGGCCGUGUCCCCGGCAAACUCGGACUUGGCCACAUCUGAUGCCCUGAAAUUGGCUCGCGAGGUCGAUACAGAUGGUCGAAGGACUCUGCUGGUGGUCAGUAAGCUGGACUUGAUGGACGCGGGGACAGACGCUCUGGAGGUCCUUCUUGGUCGGGUCAUUCCAGUCAGGCUCGGAAUCAUCGGGGUGGUUAACAGGAGCCAGCAUGACAUCAACACUCAGAAGAGCCUGCAGGAGUCCAUGAAGGAUGAGCAGGCCUUUCUGCAGCGUCACUACCCUUCGCUGGCCUCCCGAUCUGGCUCUCGCUAUCUGGCCAAAACGCUCAGUAGACUGCUCAUGCACCACAUCCGGGACUGUCUGCCGGACCUCAAGACCCGUGUGACUGUGGUCAGCGCCCAGUACCAGGCACGCCUCAACAGCUAUGGCCAGCCGGUGGAGGACCACAGCGCCACCCUGCUGCAGAUUGUCACCAAGUUCGCUAGCGAUUACUGCAACACCAUCGAGGGAACGGGUCGCUACAUUCAGACUUCUGAGCUCUGCGGAGGAGCCCGGAUCUGUUACAUAUUCCACGAAACAUUCGGCCGCACCUUGCAGUCCAUCGACCCGCUGGGAGGACUGACCGAGCUGGAUGUCCUCACUGCCAUCCGCAAUGCCACCGGUCCACGACCUGCACUUUUUGUCCCAGAAGUUUCCUUCGAGCUGCUGGUGAAGCGUCAAAUCAAGCGUCUGGAGGAGCCCAGUCUACGUUGUGUAGAGCUGGUCCACGAAGAGCUGCAGAGGAUCAUUCAGCACUGCUCAUCCUUUAGCACGCAGGAGCUUUUGAGAUUCCCCAAACUGCACGACUCCAUUGUGGAAGUUGUGACUGGAUUACUGAGGAAGCGCUUGCCGAUUGCCAAUGAAAUGGUGCACAACUUAGUAGCAAUAGAGCUGGCCUACAUCAAUACCAAGCAUCCAGACUUCACAGAUGCAGCACAGGUGUCAGCAUCUGUCAACAGUCAGCAGGCAGAGACCCUUGAUGGAAAGCGCUGGAAGAAUGAGAAGGUUGUUGAGGAGAAAGUCCCAGCUGCAGGCUUUGGCAGUCCCAGCAAAGGCCAGCCUAUUAACCUUCUUGACACAGCGGUCCCUGUGUCUCGCAAGCUGAGUGCGAAGGAGCAGAGGGACUGUGAAGUCAUCCAGCGGCUCAUCAAGUGUUAUUUCCUCAUCGUUCGCAAGACCAUCCAAGACAACGUCCCCAAGAGCGUCAUGCACUUCCUGGUCAACUUUGUGAAAGAGCAUCUCCAGAGCGAGCUGGUGGGUCAGCUCUACAAGCAGCCGCUGCUGCAGGAGCUGCUCAUCGAGUCGCAGGACACGGCACAGCAGAGGACAGAGGUGGCCCAGAUGCUGGAGGCCCUUAAAAAAGCCAAUAACAUCAUCUCUGAGAUCAGAGAGACCCACCUGUGGUAGCUAGAGGACACACACCGUCUUUGCCUGGACCUCGAGUGUAUGCGUGCGUGCGUGCGUGCGUGCGUGCGUGCGUGCGUGCGU